UAGGAUGUUAACAUGUUUCGCUCUGUCAUAGAAAAAAAUACCCCUGUUUAAUCGAUCUGUAGCAUAAUUUGAGUGUUCUAUUGUUUCACUAUAUAAUAACUUUUGAGUUUUUUUUUAAGGAAGUGUUAACAGAAGAAAAUAUUUUGAGAUCUAAAUGUAAUUUUUAAUUUAGACUACGAACAAUUAUUGAUAGUGAUAAAAUAUUAGUUUUAUCUCAUGGUCAAAUGAUGGAAUUUGCCAGUCCAUAUGAAUUAUUAUGUGAUGAACAAUCACAUUUUUCGCUACUUGUCUCUCAAAGUGGCGAUCGUGAAACUGCACAUUUAAUUCAACAAGCUAAAAUUGCUGCAAUGAUUCGUCGUUCUCAAUGA